CGCUCACAGCCCCCCGGUAUGAACGCCAUGCUCCUUAUUCUCUUCUAUUCAUAAUGUCUUUACGACACUUACCGCGAACUCCAAUUGCUCUUCGGAGCGCGUCUAGACGCUCCGUCGCGACAGUGAUCCCAUUCUGCCCAGUGCGAUUCCAGCGUAGAUGGGCGAGCGAGGAGAAGGAUAAAAAGACAGACACUCCCUUUCACUACCAAGUCUGGGAGAGUGUGUAUGACCGAGUAAAAAGGGAAAGAGAGCAACAGCACCAACUUUCCCAGAGAGUGGUUCUGUCGUCGCGGAGGAGAUAUGCGGGGACGAUAACGGUUAUGGUUAUUGCUGCUGCUGUAGGCUAUUACUGGGGCCAAGCCCUUCCGAAGCCUCCUUCCGAAACCUCCACGACUCCGCUUUUUGAGACGGUGCCACCAAGACAUAACAUCUCGCAAACGAAUAUGGAGGCCGCGUGGACGGACUUUAGGGAUAUUGUAGGGAAGGAAAAUAUCACGAUCGAACGAUCGGAGCUAGAAUCGCAUUCUGGAUCAUCAUGGUCUUCGCAUCCUGCCGCACCAGGAGAUGUGCCGUUCUGCGUCGUCAAGCCGAAAUCCACUCACGAAGUUAGCGCCAUCAUGAAAGUCUGUAAUGAGAGGCGAAUACCAGUUACUGCAUACUCAGGGGGCACAAGUCUGGAAGGACAUUUUGCUGCAACAAGAGGGGGGAUUUGUGUUGACUUCUCACGUAUGGAUAAGAUCAUCGCGCUGCAUAAGGAGGAUCUGGAUGUCGUAGUGCAGCCAGCUGUGGGCUGGGAACUGCUGAAUGAAGAGCUAUCCAAGUUCAAUUUGUUCUUCCCUCCGGACCCUGGACCAGGAGCUAUGAUCGGGGGCAUGGUGGGCACUGGUUGCUCCGGCACAAACGCAUAUCGCUACGGGACGAUGAAAGACUGGGUUCUCUCUCUGACUGUCGUCCUCGCGGAUGGCACUGUCAUCAAAACGCGCCAACGCCCGCGAAAAUCCUCAGCGGGAUACGACCUAACACGAAUGUUCAUUGGCAGUGAAGGCACGCUCGGCCUCGUGACUGAAGCCACCCUCAAAGUCACCAUUAAACCUCAACACACCAGUGUUGCCGUCUGCGCAUUCAAGACUGUCCGCGAAGCUGCAGACUGCGUGUUCAAGGUCGUCGGAGCUGGUGUCCCCAUCGCCGCCAUCGAAAUUCUGGAUGACGUCCAAAUGCAAUGCAUCAAUGACGCCGGAAUGACGGCCAAAGAAUGGAGUCCCUUCCCCACCCUCUUUUUCAAAUUCGCAGGUACACCUUCCGCGGUCAAAGAGCAGAUCGGACAGGUGCAGAAACUGGCCAAGCAAGCCGGGUCCCAGUCGUUCGAAUUUGCGAAAAGCGAGCAGGAGAGGGAAGAGCUGUGGAGUGCGCGGAAAGAAGCGCUGUGGAGUGUGAUGGCGAAGAUGGAGGGCGAUGACAUGGCAGUUUGGACGACGGACGUGGCGGUCCCCAUUUCGAAGCUGCCGGAGAUUGUGGAUGAGACGAAGGAGAAUAUCAGGAGGAGUGGGUUGCUCGGGAGUAUUGUCGGGCAUGUUGGUGACGGGAAUUUCCAUUCUAUCAUCCUCUACAACAAACACACUGAACAUGCAAAGGCCUCGGAACUGGUCCAUGAAAUGGUCAAACGCGCAAUCGAACUGGAAGGCACGGCCACCGGCGAACACGGAAUCGGUCUCGUCAAACGAGAUUAUCUACCACAUGAGCUGGGCGAGGCCACUGUUGACACUAUGAGGAGGCUGAAGCUGGCGUUCGAUCCGUUGUGUUUGCUCAAUUGUGAUAAGAUUGUGAGAGUGCAGCCGCCGAAACCGGGGGAGAUUGAGGAAUGGUAGAUGGUAUGGGAACAAGGGUGAUGAUGCACGAGUAGGGAAUUGGCGAGAGGAGUAAGUAGAUUCGUUGACUGUUGUCAUAUUGAGUGAGAUGUCAAGGAUGGCGUAGAGGGCUAAAGCAUGUGCUGC